AUGCAAGUGUACUAAGGAAGCGGCUACAAUUUAGAGACUUGUGUUAAUGGUAAACUUAAUCAGAAUACAUCAAUGCACUUAUCUACUAAAACUAAAGAAACCCUACCUUGCGAAUAUGAUUUAUAAUUAAAAAACGAGGACAAAGAUUUAAAAGAAAUAGACUAACAACCAAUGAGUUUAUACGCUAAGUUAUGCUAGUGCUUAAAUAUUUUUCAAUCUUAAAAGAAGAAUAUAGAUAACUAUAUAAUCUAAGAAUUUGUUGAAGAAGGCAUUGUUGAUAGAUAGCCAGUUAAAAUACCUCCUCAAGAGUAUGAUUUAGUUGGGAAAAAAACAUUAGUUUUAGACUUAGAUGAAACUUUAAUCACAUCUAGUGUAUUAGAAUUUAAAUCUGCAGACUUAAAAAUAAAAGUAAAUCUUCCUAAUGGAAGAGGAAAGAAUGUUUGGGUAAAAUUUCGUCCUGGAGUAUAGAAUUUCUUAAAUGAGAUGAAUGAAUUAUAUGAAUUGAUAAUAUUCACUUCAAGUAUUAAGGAAUAUGCUAAUGCUGUGAUAGAUUUUUUAGAUUGUGAAAGUCUUGUUAAUGUAAGAAUAUUUAGAGAGAAUUGCUCAAUAGAUAGCAAUGGAAAUCUAUAUAAAGACCUUUGCAAACUGAAUAGAAAUAUAGGAGAAAUAAUAAUCAUAGAUAAUUAAGCUAGCUAAUUUAAAAAAAAUCCUGAGAAUGGAAUCCAAAUCAAAGAUUUUAAGAUAGAUAAUAAUAGCGAUCAAGAAUUGUUAAAUCUGAUUCCGUUUUUAAAAUUUAUGAGUAGUGUUAAAGAUGUAAGAAAUAUUUAAGCAUAUAUGAAUGACUAUUACAGUGGAAAUGUAAUAAAUUAUAUUGAUAUUAAUGGCAUGUAAUGCUAAUUCUAAAGAGGUAUUGCUGUUGAGGAAAGCAGACUUCAAACAGAAAAAACUGAAAGUAAAAUUGAUCCUAUUGAUUUAAAAUUCAAUGAAAACGAGUCCAGUAACUUGGGAGAUACUAUUAAACUGGAUAGCAAAGAAUACAAAAAGCAAGAUAGUAAUUCAAUGAUUAACCACUUUGAAGAUGAUAUUGAUGCUGCUAUUAAAAUUUAAUAAAGUAUGAACAAACAUAAUAAUAAACUCUCUAAUGAUGAAGUAGCUAAACCCAUCAAAAAAUCUCCAGAAAAAAAUUAACAUAAAGAAAAGGAAUCGCAAUCAGAAAAGAAGCACAUCUUUAAGAAUAUUCAUAAAGUUGCUGCAAAAACAGUUUUUGAUUUUACUUAGUUUAAAUAGUCACUAUUUAAUAAAUUAGGAUCAAUAAAUGACCCAGAAAAAGAAAACAUAUAAGCAAAUGUUAAUCUACAAAAUGUAUUGUAGAGUCCUGUAUACUCAAAUCUCUAAGAUGUAAGUUCUGAGUAAUCUGCUCAUUGCAUCAGCAAAGAAGAAAUAGAACAUAAUUAAAAUAGCACAAUUGACAACUCUGAACAAUUCAUCAAACGCCCUAAAAGAAAAAUAAUUCAACCCCAUAAGAGAAGAUGUGCAUCUUAAGCUAUUAAAUUUAUCGAGGUCAAUAUGAAGGAAGAAAACUUUAAUUCACCAAAUACUGCAAAAGAAGUUUGA